AGCAUUUAACCUAAUUGCCACUACUGCUACUACUUCAAUACAUUGCAUCUCUCUCUCUCUCCAAACUGUUUCUCUCUCUAACAUUUUUCACUCGUAUGUUGUUGUUGUUGUUGUUGUUGUUUGUCUUAAAGAAGAGCUUUUCUCCGCGACAAGUUUGAGGCAAACAAGGCCUUAACCUUAACCUCCCUUGUUUCUCGCUGUUUGUAUUUACUUGCCGCUUCAUUGCCGUGUACGGACAUUACUGUCCAUGUCUCUAAUUUGACUGGAGAAGAAGAAGAACAGUUAGGGUUUUUCAUCAUCUUUCUUUGGUAGAAAAUGGAGGGAAGUGGCGAAACUGGAACCGCGAUGCAAAGGCCUAAUUCGGCAUUUGGUUUCGGAGCGUCUCAAAUGGGAGGAGGAGUUCUUCCUAUGCGUAGUCUGUCGCCGAGUUUGAGCCCUGAUAACAGUAAGAGACCGGGAAUUCCUCCGUCGCACCCAAAUAAUCCGCUUCAUUCGCUUCCUUAUUCGAAGGUUUCGACGGGAAUUCGAUCGGGGAAUUGGCAAUCGAGUCCGCAGAAUUCGAGUCUCGGGUACGGGCCUUCUCACACCAGGUCUCUGUCGCAGCCCUCGUUUUUUAACCUUGAUUGCUUGCCUCCGUUGAGCCCCUCGGCGCAUCGCGAGGCGUCUCCUUCGUCGCUCUCCGACCCGGUUUCGAAUGAGAUUUCGAUGGAGGAAAAUGUUGUGAACUCUCAUGUCCCUUCGCUUCCUUCGCCUGUUAAUCGGAGUAGUCUUCCUCCGCGGAAAGGUCAUAGGCGGUCCAACAGCGAUAUUCUGUUGGGAUUUAACGCGAUGAUUCAGUCUUCGCCUCAGUUGAUUCCCAUCUCGAGCCGGGGAGUUUUGGAUGGAUCGGCUUCCGGGAGGGAGAAUCCUGUUCAGUUAGCGAAACAGGGGCAGAACAAGGAUAGAGAUGGGAACGGCAAUGCCAAUGGGAUUGGAGAGAAGAAAUUCGAAGGGGAGGUCGUUGAUGACUUGUUUAGUGCCUAUAUGAAUUUGGAACACAUUGAUAAAGUGAACUCAUCUGGUACUGAGGACAAGGAUUUCGAUAGCAGGGUUAGUGCAAAGUCGAAUGGUUGCGAAAGCAGCGACAAUGAGGUGGAAAGUAACAUGAAUGGAAAUCUAAAAGAGAAGAGGGAAGGAGUUAAAAGAAGAGCUGGUGGAGAUAUUGCACCAACUGCGCGACACUAUAGGAGUCUUUCCAUGGACAGUUAUAUGGAAAGUUUUCAACUUGAUGAUGAAUCGUUAAAGAUCCUACCAUCCGGAGCUGGUCAGCAAUCACCUAGCGGUUUGCUGGAUGGAAAUUCAAGUAAGUUCAGCAUGGAGUUUGGAAAUGGUGAUUUCAGCGCAGCUGAGCUGAAAAAGAUUAUGGAAAGUGAGAAGCUUACUGAGAUAGCCUUAUCGGACCCCAAACGUGCCAAGAGGAUUUUGGCUAAUCGGCAAUCAGCUGCUCGGUCUAAGGAGCGGAGAUCACGGUACAUUUCAGAACUGGAACACAAGGUUCAAACUCUGCAGACAGAGGCAACCACGUUAUCUGCCCAGGUUACAAAGUUGCAGAGAGAUUCCGUGGGUCUUACGAGCCAGAACAACGAGUUAAAAUUUCGUCUUCAAGCUAUGGAGCAACAGGCCCAACUCAAGGAUGCUUUGAAUGAGGCAUUAAGCGCAGAAGUCCAGCGUCUAAAGCUUGCAGCGGCAGAUCUCGGCGGGGAAGCUCACCUCUCGAACUGCAUGGCUCAGCAGCUUUCUUUAAACCAACAAAUGUUCCAUCUGCAGCAUCAGCAGCAAGUCCUUUAUCAGCUGCAACAGCAACAGCAACAGCAGCAGCAGCAGGCCCAACCCCAGCAACCGCUGCACUCUCAACACAAUGAAAUGUCUUCCCAGCAGCAUAACGGAAAGGUUGCCGGGCAUGAAUCGAACCAAUAGGCUGGUUAAUUCACCUAUUAGUUUCUGAUUAUUCGACUGCAAAGUGCCUGAACUUCUUUGUCUUUUUUGAAAUAAGAGUAGUAAAGAAUGGGUAUAUAGUAUACAUAUAUGCUUCUAAGUCUAAGAAUUGGAUGACUUUAUAUUGCAUUGUUUCAAUAUUACUUAAUAUUCUUUGUUCGGUGGGUUGGUAUAUUAUGUUGAGACACAUUUGGAACUGAAGUCAAAACUUUUAUCCAGUUAUUUCCUCCAUGAAACAGUUUAAGGUUGUUUGUACUUAUAAGCUGAGUUUCUAUAUGUA